GGAACCAGCAACUAGCCAGCCCUCCCGUGAAGGAGCGCGCCGCCCGUCACGCCAGGUCGCCCUUGUCUUGGCGCGCGGUUAGUUCGCACUCGGGACCGAAGGUGGCCGAGCCGAGGCCCACACGGUCACACCCACCGGCCACCGCAGUCCGCAGCAGACGGGCGAGGGAAGCAAGGGCACCGAGCGCCGUCCGUCCCUCGGCCCUCGUGGCGCGCGACGGGAGCGUGCGGCCCCUCGUGGACCGUCGCCUCCCCGCGCGCCGCGGCGGGCACGGCCCGGGACGGGAGGGGAGGCCCGGCCCCCCACACGUGGCCGCCCGCGGACUCCCGCUGCCGCCGAUUUUUAAUCCCAGCGGCUCGUUCUCUCGCCUGGCCGUCGCUUGUGUCACCGUAACGGAGCAGCAUCACAUCACAGGCCUGCCACUCCGCUCCGCUCCAAGUCCGCGAGCCGAGAGGCAGACGAACAGCUUCCCCGGGACUCUAGAGGCAUCAGCGCUGCGAGCAGCGGCAAUCAAUCAAUCAACCCGCCUCCGGGAAAUGUCCAUCUCGAUGCGCCUCGCGAUCCCGGCGCCGGCGGCCGCGAUCGUGGCGCCGCCGCGGCUGAGGGUGCGGGCGGCCGGCAACGGGGGUUCUCUUCCCGCCGCGAGCGUCGCCCUGCGGACGGAGACGGCCGCGCUCAGGGGAUGCGCCUCGCUGCCCCUGAAGCCGCAGCCUCUGGGCGCGGGCGCGGGCGCGGGCCAGCCGAGCCGGCGCCGGGGGCCGGCCGCCGUGUGCCACUCGUCGGCGCACCUGAGCGCGCGGACGAUGCAGUGGAUCUCCGCCGGGGCCAGCGCAGUGCUAUUGCUUGCUAAAGGAACAGCCAUAAACAAAUCUUUCCUUGUGCCAUUUUUCGCUUUGCAAGCACCUGGCAGCAUAAUCUCAUGGAUCAAGGGUGAUUAUGGCCAAUGGACUGCUUUUCUUGCUCUUUUGGUGCGCUUGUUCUUCUUCAUCCCAGGUGAACUGGAGCUUCCGCUGUCAACAAUGCUGCUUGUGAGCGUUGCUCCUUACCAACUGAUGAAUCUGAGGGGAACUCAAGGUGGUGCAGUUCUGUCAUUGGCCAUAGCUGGGUUUCUCGCUUUUCAACACUUCACCAGGGUUGGAGGUCUAGGCAAAGCCUUUGAGCAGGGAUCGGUUAUUGCGACCUUAGCCAUUAUCUGCAUCACAAUCAUCCCCUUGAUGCUGCUAUCUGGUCUGAACAUCGUUAAGUACAGUAUGUCGGAGAAACCAUCUGAUGCUGCAACCGGUGAUGUGAGGCCUGAAGGAAUUGUUUCUGAUGAGAAAGUGGAAGGUUCUGACCAGAAUGAAAGAGAUGGUAUGCCUUCGCCACAACAAGAGGAAGCAGCGAUCAAGAAAAAGUACGGAGGAAUAAUGCCCAGAAAGACACCACUUAUUUCCAAGGACCAUGAGCGAGCAUACUUUGAUUCUGCUGAUUGGGCUUUGGGCAAGCAAGGAGGAAAUCCUCAAAAACCUAAAGGACCGCUCGAAGCACUUCGACCAAAAUUACAGGUGCAGAAACUGAACCUCAUUGCUUGUAACAAGUACCUUUUACUGUUGAUUUUUUCCGCAAACCCUAAAAGCCUCUUCCUCCUCCUCCUCCCUAACCCCACCCCCGCCGCCGCCACCUCUAACCUCCGGAUCCGAUCCACCAUCGCCGCCCCAACCAUGGGCUUCGACAUGGGCGUUGUCCCUUCCAAUCCAGACGGCUGGGGCCCUCCUGACGUGCCCGCGAUUCCGCAGUCCCUGGGCGGCGGCGCCUCCAUCCCCUUCGCGCCCUUCUCCCGCUCAGACAAGUUGGGCCGCAUCGCCGACUGGACGCGCAACCCUGCUGGCCCCGCCGCCUUCGCCGCGGCCUCCCGCGACUCCGUCUUCGACUUCACCUCCGCCGACGACUCACUCGUCGCUGGGGCCGAGGACUCCUCGUUCCGCCUCGUCGACGCCAAGCCGCCGCCGCGCCAGCCGCGGUUCGGCCCCAAGUGGCGCUUCAACCAGCGCCCCCAGCUCCCGCAGCGCCAGGACGAGGAGGUGGAGGCGCGCCGCCGCUUGGCCGAGAAGGAGCGCGCCCGCCGGGACCGUCACUUCCAGAACAGCCGCUCACACCACCACCCCGGCUUCCGGGGCAACCAGUCCUCGUCGUCGGCCAAGCCCUCCGUCGACAUCCAGCCCGACUGGACCAUGCUCGAGCAGAUCCCCUUCGCCAACUUCACCAAGCUCUCCUUCUCCGUCGCCGACCAGCCCGAGGACCUCCUCCUCUGCGGCGCUGUCGAGUUCUACGACCGCGCCUAUGACCGCGUCAACCCCAAGGCCCCGCGCCGUCUCGAGCGGUUCAAGUCCCGCAACUUCUUCAAGGUCACCACCACCGACGAUCCUGUCAUCCGCCGCCUCGCCGAGGAGGACAAAGCCACGGUGUUCGCCACUGAUGCCAUCCUCGCCGCGCUCAUGUGCACGCCCCGCAGCAUCCAAUCAUGGGACAUUGUCGUCCAGCGCGUGGGCAACAAGCUCUUCUUUGACAAGCGUGAUGGCUCCCAGCUUGACCUGCUCACAGUCAAUGAGACUGCACAGGAGCAGCUCCCUGAGAACAAGGAGGACAUCAACUCAGCGCACUCACUCGCUGUUGAGGCCACCUACAUCAACCAGAACUUCUCACAGCAGGUGCUGCACCGUGAAGGUGAGAAGGUUACCUUUGAUGAGCCUAACCCGUUUGCUUCUGAGGGUGAGGAGGCAGCAUCUGUUGGCUACCGCUAUCGCCGCUGGAAGCUGGAUGAUGAGAUCAGCCUUGUUGCUCGUUGUGAGGUGCAUGCUGUCAAUGCUGAUCCAAGUGGUGGUCGCCAGUUCCUUACGCUCAAUGCUCUCAAUGAGUUUGAUCCUAAGAUUACUGGUGUUGACUGGAGGCAGAAGCUUGAAACCCAGCGUGGGGCUGUCCUUGCUACAGAGCUCAAGAACAAUGCGAACAAACUUGCUCGCUGGACUGCCCAGGCUUUGCUUUCUGGUGCUGACAUGAUGAAGUUGGGCUAUGUGUCACGUGUGCAUCCACGUGAUCACUACAACCAUUCCGUACUCACUGUAAUGGGGUACAAGCCAAGGGAUUUUGCUGCACAGAUCAACCUCAAUACUGCUAACAUGUGGGGAAUCAUCAAGUCAAUUGUGGACAUUUGCAUGAAGUUUGAAGAGGGCAAGUAUGUGUUUGUGAAAGAUCCAGCAAAGCCACAGGUUAGGAUCUAUGAGGUGCCCUCUGAUGCGUUCGAGAACGAUUAUGUUGAAGAGCCACUUCCAGAGGAGGAGCAGGUUCGCCCGCUUGCAGAUGUUGACGCCACUGCACAAGAAAUGGAUGCAGCCGCUGAGGCAGAGGCCAACGGUGCAUUGGCUGCUAAUGGUGGUGAUGGUGACAAGAGUGCAGAGGCUACUGCUGCUUGAAGGGCAUAAAAGGCUUCCCUGUUUCCUUCGCAAGAUAGGCCUUUCUUUUGGCUAAUUAUCUGUUUGAUGGAUACCUUGAUGAGUUGAACUUCCUGUUAUUGAUACAUUGUCUCGUUUUGGUCAUUGAGGAUACUGUUACUCUCAUUUUACAUGCUUAGGCAUGUAAGUUUUGUUAGCACCUAUCAGUUGGAAUUGAGUGACUAUGCUGGUAGUUUAACCGCUUGUGCUGCCAUUUCUCAGUGUUCGAGCCAUGGUCUACCUGAAUUGCAUGUUGAGCUGAGCCUUGUGAACUGUGAUGUGUCAUUGAAACUUCUUAUCAUGCUUCAUAAUGUUUUGCAUUUUUUGUAUUA